AGUGCGAGCCCACGAGAGCUCCGCGAUGGUGGCGGCGGUGGGGGACGCAGUGGCUGCGUGGCCAAGGACGCGUCACCGGGGCCGGCUGUAACGGGAGAGCGGCCGUGAGCCACAGAGGGCGAGGGCAGAGCGGAGGGGCCCCGUUCACUCCCCGGGAGGAGCCCCUCGGAGCCCUCCCAGCCCCUUCUCCCUCCAGCUCAGCGACGCGAGGAACGAUGAAAAAGAAUAAUUCAGCCAAACGGGGGCAACAGGAUGGAAACCAGCAAUCUGCGCAGCCCGAGAAGGUUGGCUGGGUGCGGAAAUUCUGCGGGAAAGGCAUUUUUAGGGAAAUCUGGAAAAACCGUUAUGUGGUAUUGAAGGGAGAUCAGCUUUACAUCUCGGAGAAGGAGGUAAAAGAUGAAAAAAACGUGCAGGAGGCGUUCGACCUGAGUGAUUAUGAGAAGUGCGAAGAGCUCAGGAAGUCCAAAAGCAGAAGCAAAAAGAACCACAGCAAAUUUACCCUAGCUCACUCCAGGCAGCCUGGAAACAUGGCACCAAAUCUCAUCUUCCUGGCCGUGAGUCCAGAAGAGAAAGAGUCCUGGAUUAAUGCCCUCAACUCCGCCAUCACUCGUGCUAAGAACCGCAUCUUAGAUGAGGUCACUGUCGAAGAGGACAGCUACCUUGCUCACCCAACACGGGACAGAGCAAAAAUCCAGCACUCCAGACGCCCUCCGACACGGGGACACCUGAUGGCUGUGGCAUCUACCUCAACCUCUGAUGGCAUGCUGACUCUUGACCUGAUCCAGGAGGAGGACGCCUCUCCAGAGGAGCACAGUACCUGCGAGGAGAGCUUCCGCGUGGACCUGGACAAGUCAGUGGCACAGUUGGCGGCCGGCCGGCGCCGCUCGGAUUCAGAGAACGUCAAACUGUCGGAGAAAGGCCGGAGCGGCACUCUGCCACGGCACGAGGUCACCUCGUGGGACAAACCCACACAGCGCAAAGACUCCUUGGACAAAGGGACCGUGUACACCCCACAGGUCCCCAAAAAGCUGUCGCACUCGGAAAAGAAUAAAUGUGCCUCCAUGGAAGAGAUCCUGUCGCGGCGGGACUCAGCGCACCGUGCGGUGCUGAGGAGGGGCCUGGAGGCUCACUGCACCGCGGCGGAGCCGGAGCAGCUGUCCCGGCUGCAAGAACUGGUUGCACUGAAACUGGAAAAAACUCAGGAACUGCUGACGGAGGUGAAGGGCUAUGGGGAAGGCAAGAGGAAGGUGAAAGACUGCGCCACCAGCACCACCACCUCCUCCUCCUCCUCUUCCUCCCGGUCGGACUGCGAGCGGAUCCUGCAGGAGUCGGAGCGGCUGCUGGGUGAGGCCUCCUCCACCUGGAGCCAGGCCCGGCGUGUGCUGCAGGAGGUCCGCGAGCUGCGGGACCUGUACCGGCAGAUUGAGCUGCAGCAGGUGGACUGCAACCCCAAACAGAGCUCACAGUACAGGAAGAGCAUGAUGUGAAGGCAAGCCUGGGGACAGGGGAGCGGGAGGGCAGUGCUUGGGCUUUUUUAUUAGUAUAAUGAUAUACGGUGUUCAAAUGAGUGAAAAGGUGCCUGUUAUCCAAAUUUGCUUUUCAGAGCUUGAAACCUUCCUUCUCUCCAUGGCCCUACGUGUUCCACUAAACCCACGGCGGCUCACCCCUCCGGUUUUACACGUGCCCUUUGCACCACAGCCCCAGAAAGCACCACGUCCUCCCCAUGCCGCGCAUGCCCCAAGCAGCCAUGCACCACGCUGGGGACAGCACGAGCCCUGGCUUUGCUGCUCUAGAUCUGAGCUGUCCCCUGCGUUGUAGCUUCUUUGCCAGGAGUCUUGUCUUGCUCUCGGAAAUAAACGACUAAAAAUACAAACAAUACAGGUUUCCGUCCCAGCAAUGCUUGCAAGUCCCCAUGAUCCAGGAAUUGCCUUGGAGGUUCUUGGGAGCUUGGACUGACCUCAGGUUUCUGCAGUGGCUCUUGGGGAGUUGUUUCCAGCAGGGGGGCAGCAGGGAUUCAACCCCAACUCCACCCUGCUCUGCCGAACCCAACCUGGCAGCUCCACGUCUUCCGUUCUGUGCAAAUAGAGGAUGAAAGCCUUGAACCUAUCUGUUCAGUGGGGUUUGUUUUCGGGAUUUUUUUUUUUUCCACUUGCUUUUUUAUUAUUAUUAUUAUCAUUAUUUGCUCCUUUGGGGAAAUGGAAAAGCCAGGGUUGCCUAUAGGCAGCAGCUGGGCGUUGAGAUGUCUCACAAGGUUUCUGGUACACCAAUGUGGUAUCAUCCAAUUGUUACUUUUUUUUUUCCCCUUUUUUUUUUUUUAAGAGACGCAAUUCCCUUGCCUAUGUUGCAAAUAAUCCAUGACAAUAUUAAAACCAACAGAGUUAUUUCCUGGUCACAGGUGGUGGUGUCUAUUUCCUUUGAACAGUGGCUGUCCUGUUGGGUCAGCUGCACUACCCAGCGCCAUGCUGCAAGGAACGCAUUUCUGUUUGCUUUCAAUUAGCCCUCCCCUGACUUUCCCUCUAGAAUUAACCAUAAAAGUGCUUUUGUUGGCAUCAGGUUACUAAAGACCUCAUUAAGUGCAAACUUCCAGCCUGCUCCUUUCACCACUCCUGGCUCUGGCGCAGCUCUUUGCCCACUUUAAGGGACAGUGUUGAAGGGGCAGCACUGAUUUGUUCGAGCUCUGCUGUAGAGCUGCUACAGUGCAGGGGAGCACAUUUCACCCUCCCAGCACUUCUUUUAGUUUUUUUUUUCUUACCUUUUCUAUCUGUCUGGGUGCACCAGAGGAAAAAACAUAAUCCCUAAAAGAGACUAAGAGAGAGUGCAUGUGAGCCACCCUGAUAAAACCCUUCCCAGUCAGCUCUUUGAUCAAGAGAACAAGAAAAAUAUGCAAAUUCCAGGUGUGACACUCAGCAUUAAAAUUAGCCACGUUUUCAAAAUAGUCUGAAGACCUGGAGGUCUGAUUUGUGCUCCGCUGGGACAUGACUGUCCCCCAGGUGUUACACACCGGGCUGAUUUCACUGUGUGAGUGUGGAAAUGCAUUUGGUUCUGAGUGUGUGGGGUCAAUGAACGCUCCCAAGCGGUUAUUAAGUGGCAAGAAUAAAAACGGGCUGGUAAACAGGGUCAGAGCAGGGAUUGGCCAUUGUCACUCAGAGCAGAUUUUUUCUUUUUAAGUAACUGAGGGCUCCUUCAUUUCUGUGCUCCCUCAACCAGAUUUUGGGACUGAAUCCCAUGUAAUGAGACCUGGGGUCUGGGCACAGCAUUGCCAUCGCGAGGGCUCUGCUCUGAGACAGAGCAUUAGGCAGCAGGGCAGGAACGUGGUGGGGUUCCAACUCUUUGGAGCAACCUGUGCAAGCCCUUUGUAUUACAGUAAGGAACUUCAGAGGAAAUGAUGGGGCUGACGUAGGAAAUUAGGAAAAAGUUGAUUACAACAGGGAAGAUACACAGAUUUUCCUGCCAAAAUGCAACCCCAGCUGAACAAGCAUGGUACAUUGUGAUAGCAUGAACACAAUUUGAUUUAGGGCAAUUUUCCUUGUGUGCAACAUAAAGUCCCAUCUGCAUAUUGGCCUCUCCCUCCCUUUCAUCACUGUUGAGCAGGGUGUUAGGAAGGUUCAGAAUUUCCAAAGCUGACUGGGAACUGUCUUUCCUAAUAUGUUCCUGAUAGCAUCAUUUCUGCAGGGCAGAAUUACUGGGAAGGAAAAAACUGUGCUCUUUACAACAAUACCUAUGAAGUUAUCCAUAAAUUAGCAACCUCUGGCUGUAUACACUGAGCAAACAGAAAGGAUAGGAAAAUAACUAGAUGAUAUGAAUGAAAGGUUCCUUCCAACCAAUGCCAUUCUGAUUCUGUGAUCUCCCACCUCUUCUCCCAAAUGGGCUGUCAUUCUGCCCUCUUUUUAUCUUUUCAUUUUAAAAAUUAUUUUAAAUUUUGCAGAAUUUCCCCCAUCCAUUCAACUUCUGGGAUUAGAGAUAAAAAGCCAAUUAUGAGCAAGAAUGGCAGGUGUAUGGAAAACGAUGAUGCCAGUCAUCAUGUGCCACUGAACGAGCUCAGCAAAUGGGGCCAGGGGCUCCCAGGGUGAGUAGAAGUCAGCCCUGUCCCAUUCUCUGUUCUGCCAUGGAAAAGGCAGAGGAGUUGGACACGGCAGUUCGGGACCUCGCUUUCUUACUGAGUCGCGUUGGAAAGGACUGGGUAGAAAUUCUGCUGUUUUUUUUUUUUUUUCUUUUUCUUUUUUGAAAAAGAAAAAAAACAAACUGUAAUAAACCUCUGCAAAGGAUUCCAGCAGAGUUUUGGAGUACGGGAGGACACUCAGGCACAGUGCCUCUGAGCCCAACCCAGCAGAUCUGCGAGAAGGUGCACACCGGAGACCUCUCCAUCAUCUCCAGGACACAAAGCCUGAUAUUUUCCAAACACUGUCAGCACUUCUGCUUUUUUAAUGAAUAGCAUCAGGCAGCAAUUUUUCAGGAAGACCGUAUUUUACCGUAUGAAUGAGAUCACAGCAUUUCCCUAUAUUUUGUCCCAAGACAGCAGAUGAGUGGCAGAGCCUACCUGGAAGCCAAGAGCUUUUGCAUUUUGCUUUCAUCCCAGUGGUGGCCACAUCUGCCUGCAAUGCUGUAUCGCACAUUUGGGGCAACUGGGGGGAAAAUUUGCAAUGGAACGAGGCAGAAAAAUCCUCAGUUCUCUACUGGUGUGGAGCAGCACUGGGAUCUCAAAGGAACUUUUGGAAAAAGCAAGAAAACCACCUGUCUGCUCCUCCUCGUGCUGCUGCUGGGUCUACCACCGUUCCCUUUGCAGCUCAGCGGCUGCCGGACUCCAGAGCUAUUUAAGACUUUUGCCAAAUCCCCUUCCUUGAAUCCGCAUUUCCUUCUUUAUGCACAGCUGCAUUGUAAAGAGGAAGCUGCCCUUGAUCCAGCUGUGAAAUGUUUGUAAACCAGCUUGCACCUACUUACUGUCGUUUGCAAUGCAAAACAGCUUUCCUUGAUUCUUUUGGGAAAUAUGUCCCAGCUCCCCUCUUCGAUCUCUUUUGUCCCAUCAAAAAUAAAAUACAAAAAGGCAGAAAGCCCCCCUUAGAGAAAUCUUCCUCCCAGUUUGUAUUUCUGGGGAUUUCCCCUUGCCUUCGCAUCCAGGUCCUGAUCGCAGAAGACCUCCCCUUCCCAACCCUUCAGUGCCCAUCCACAAGCAGUCAUUCCCAUUGGCCUGGCUGGGGAGUAGCGCCCAGGGCCCCUGUCCUAAAUAAGCAGAGGUUUCAGAGGGCUGGGAGCUGUUUGCAUCCAAGCUGCAAGAACCCGCAGCAAACCAAAGGUGCAGGGAAGAACCAAGCAGGGACUUCGCGAAGCUGCCGCUCACUGCAGCUCACCCCAUUUCCAACUCCCAGCCUUCUGGCAAAGCAAAGGAUCUCAGGGACUCAAGAGUUUUAGUUAUUUGCUAGAAGGUUGGUUUGGUCUGAAAGCAGUGCAGACGUCUGAAGGAUACCAUGACACUUGCUGAAGAGCUUGGUGGGCUGUAGCAAGGCUACCCAAGAUCAACCUUCAUGUCUACCUUGCUGCAUGAGAAGGGAGCAUUCUUCUCUUCCGCUUUUCUGCAUCCAAUACUCAAAGGGAUCAAAUACUGUGCAAACGAGACAACAAAUGGAAAUCUGGCCCCUGCCAUAAUGAAUUUUCAUGCCUAAAUGAAUCACAUGGGUUCUUCCUCUAUAGCCAGAGCAAAAUACGUUUCCAAAAAAUCCCAGAAGGGAAUUUAAGGAAUUGGGUCCCUAUCUUCCCCAAGAACAUAUCAGUGGUUUAGGAAUGAAAAUGCCUUUGUGGCAGGGUGAUCAGGACAGGAUUCAUUUUGCCUGCCGUUGGUUAUUUCCCUGCCCAAAACUGGUAUCUUCAUAGACCUAAACUAUUUCAGGUGUUUAGCAGGGGAUGGAUGGAAUCACCUUCUGGAGGUACUGAUUUCUUUCCUUUAACUGUAUGCAAGCCCAGACAGAGAAAGCUGUAGGAGCUGAUUCCCACCUGUAAGCAAAAUGCCAUGUCAUGUCUCUAACCCCACAGAAAGCCUUGGUUUCCAGACAUAUUGUACAAAGGGGCUUUGAAGGUGCUAUUUUUUUGCUGUAACCGCUCAAUGGAAUAUUUACAAACAAGAUACUGAUUUUGUUGUUGCUUGAUCUGUUCUUUUCCUCUUUGAAUUGUAUCUUGGUUUUUCCUUUCUUCUUCUUGAAAAGGGGAUUCGGGAGGGGGGAACAGAAUGGGAUGUUGUUUCAGAAAAAAACUGCACUGAUUUUUAUGUAAAAGGAACCUUCCAUAUGUACAGACUCUGGGACAUUGUUCCAGUCUGCUGCAGCUCUGUUUACUUUGAUUGAUUUUAAGGCUGUGAUGAAAAGAAUUUUUUAAAUUAAAGGAAAAAAAAAAAAA